AUGGCGGCGCUGACAGAGGCUCAGCUUGAGCUAGCCAAUUCUCUCACUCCGGCCGAACUACCUACUAAGUUGCGAUGCGCGGUGUGUAGUAAACUAGCCGUCAACGCCUUCCGAUUACCCUGCUGCGAGACCGCUAUAUGCGACAAGUGUCAAUCCACUCUGCCCUCAUCCUGUCCAGUCUGCGAACACUCUCCAGUUUCGGCAUCGGACUGCACUAUCUACAAAUCCCUUAGAACUACCAUCAGAGUCUUCUUGAAGACCGAGGAGAAGAAGCGAGAGAGUGCUCGGCCUAAGACCAACGGUUCCACUCCGACUACCCCUGCGCAGGAGACGCCCGCUCCGGCUCAAACACGCACUCCUACUGAACAACCACCUACGAACACCGCUCCUACUGUACCACCUACCGUGGAACCCCAACCUUCCGAACCCGUAGCGCCACCACCUGCUGCGGCAGAGUCUGAAGAGGGACCGGUUGCUGAUCCGAAACCGGACAAAGAUGCUCAGCCUGAAGAGGGAGUCCAAAUAAAUGGGCAGGCACAAGAGCAACUCGCCGAAGACGCGGGGUCCAAAGCUAUCGUCCCUAACGGACAAGAAGGCCAGGAUGGCGCAGCAUUAGAAGAAACCCAAGGGGGUGACCAAGGCGAUGGCGAUGGCGAGAACGAGAAUGACCAGCAAGCGCAGUCUGGUAUGGGUGCUGGUUUCGACUCGAUGAACGGCAAUUUCAUGAACUUCGGUAACGGAGACUUAAGUCAGAUGCAAAUGAUGAUGGCCAUGCAAAAUGGGAUGAACCCAGCCGCUUUCGGCUCUUUCCCCAUGAUGGGGAUGAUGGACCCCAUGGCGAUGCAGAAUAUGAUGAUGAAUGGUGGCUUUGGCGCGCAGGGCAUGGGCAUGAACGGCAUGAACAUGAACAUGGGCAUGAAUGGAUUCAAUGGCGGAAACAAUGACUGGAACGGACAGCAAUCAUGGAACGUCGGCCAAGAUAAUUUCAAUCCAAAUGCUCCUGGAAUGGGAAAUGGUGACUUUGGCAACUUUAAUGCUGGCUUCCGUACAGGCUUCAAUUCAGGUAAUUAUGGCCAUCACAACCAGUUCAAUGAAUAUCGCCGAGGUCACUACGGAGGUUACCGAGGAAGAGGCCGAGGUCGAGGCUUCUACAGCGGUCACGGCCGCGGAUACCAUCAUGGAUAUAACUCAAACGCAGGUUGGGCCGGACAUGGCCAUCAAUUCUCUGGUAAUAAUGACGGUCAGCAAGCAACGGACGACUCCCAAGUAGCAGAGCAGGCGUCUGGUAACGUUGACGAGUUUGGCCGAGCAAUACGACCAGAGUCUGAUCCGGACGCGCAAAAUGCUAGACCAGCCGAACACGCUGAAGCGGAAGGCGUCCAUGAUAAUGCCGAUCAUACCGCUGAUAAUGGAUCCGGACCUAAGGAGCACGGCUCUGAAUCUGUGCAGGGUGAUCCUGCGAGUGACAAGGGUGAUGUAUCUUCUAGAGAUCAACAUUCAGCGCCUCAAGGUCCCUCUCGUGGAAGUGUUGGCCCGUUACAUAUCCAAACUGCGGCCCCGGAUAGACCUUUGAAUGCCCCUACUGGUCCUAAAGCCAUGAGGCAGGGCCUCCCUAACACUAGUCUUCACCACCUAAGAGCACGUGGUUUUAUCGCUGAUGAGAGGAGCCCAAACUCACGUACUAAUCCUGCGAUUGUGGCAAGCCCGGCAGCAGAUAAACCAAAGUCGCGGAGUAGUUCUCUGCACUCUUCCAGAGACAAAGAUCGGCACCAUCGUGAACGUGAUCGAGAACAUGCUGAAGAGGAGAAGAGCAAAGCGCGUCCUCACGAUGGGGAUCGUGACCACUCUAGGGCGUACACUGUAUCUGGGAGCCGGUCCAGAAGUCGCAGCCGCAGCAAGGAUCGUAAAGAGGCCCGUAAGCAUAGACGUCAUCGCUCCCCAUCGAUCUCGGACGAUGAUCGUGAUGGCGGUCGCCGCCGUCGCAAGCAUAAGAGCAGAAGGCAAUCAACCAGAGAUGACGACGAUUACCGAGGUCGAUCGAGAGAUGGGAAGCAUGACGACCGCUCAAGGUCCGCUUCUCCGGGUGACCGUGAGCAUAGGCGUUCGGACCACCGAAGUCGUCGUGAUCGCGAUGAGAAACGUCGAGAUCGCGAUAUGGAAAGGGAUAGCGACUACGAUCGACAUAGGAAGUCUGGUCACAGGUCUCACCGCGACCGCGAUCAGGACCACGAGAGAGAGAGAGGCCGGGAAAGGGACCGAGAGAAGGAUCGCGCGAAGAACCACGCUCGCGAUCACGACGAAGAUCGCCAGCGUCACAGCAGUAAAAACUCCAGUGCCCUACCCACGCCAGUAGAACCUUCAGAUAAAACCUUCAACCCCCCUACCGGUCCUCGAAGUAACUUCUCUAUCAAAGGAGCUAGUAGCAAGCAGAGCUCCGGACUCGAGAUCAAAGGCGCUAGUAGCAGGUCUUCUAAUUUGAACAGACGCGAAAGCGAGUCGUCCCGACGUCCCUCUCAAUCAUCCGCCGCCGGGCAGAAAUCUAUGAUGUCCAUCGCCCCUACGAAAGAUCCCCAUACCUUAGAGCGCGAAGCUCGCGAUCGCGAGCGCCUCCUCAAGGAAGCGCAGCGAAUGGCGACCAUAGCAGGUCGCAGUUCAGGCGUGAAACGUAGCCGCGAUACAGGCGACGACCGCGGCGGCCGUCGAAAGAGCCGCCGCAGCGAGGCUGUCAAUAUGGAGGACGAGGAGGAUCGCAUGAGACGGCUGGAGGCUGAGCGCGAAGAUCGCAGAUGGAAUUAG